AGUUGGUAGAAUGGGUUUAAAUUUUAUUGCACAUGGUAAGUAUCAAGUUUAUAAAGAGUUAACUAGAGAAUUUUAUACCACCUUGAAUUAUGCCUCUAAGAAUGAAAAAGCAAUUUCUUUUAGAAUAAAAGGGGUUGAUUAUAGCAUAGGGUAUGAUUUUAUGAAUCAGAAAUUGAAGUUGCCUAAAGGUGGCAUUAGAGGUUGUCCUUCAAAUUUUGAUGUUAAUAGAGUAUGGAAGCAAUUGACCGGUGAAGACUCGGUCGAUUUACAACAAGCUCCUAAUGGACUCAUAAUUGAACCAUCAUAUCUUAUAUUUCAUAAAUUCCUUUGUCAUUCUAUAUGUGGUAAAAAGGAGUCGAAUAGAGUAACGAAGGAUGAUUUACUAGUACUUGACUAUUUAGUGCGACGUUCGGCAAAAAGUGUUGAUUUCAUACACUUAAUUUUUAAAAGCAUGAUGACCAUGGCAACAUCAUCUAAAGUUGCACUUGGAAAUGGUCAUUUAGUAACUUGUAUAGCAUUGCUUCAUAGUGCUAUUGAUGAGGAUGAUUUGCAUAAGAUGGAAUGUUUGGGGGAUGCGUAUCUUAAUGAAACUAUGCUCCGUAAAGCCGACAUUCUUGAUAUGGAUGGAGAAUUGAUGAAUGUAAAGGACCGAAAUUGUUAUUUAAUUAAAACUGGCCAGCCGAGAAGAGGAAAGGGAAGAAAAGCAGAAAUAGAAGAUGACUGUGACGAAGAUGAGGAUAAUGUAAGUAGAGAACUGGAAACCGAGAAUGGUCAAGGUGAGGUGGUGAGGGAUGAUGUCGGUAUAGAUCAACCAAGAGAGGAGGAAGUGAGGCGACCAAGAAAGCCGAAGCGAAGGGGAGCUUUUGAAGAGGAAGUACUUUCUUUGUUAAAUGAAACAAAGUCCAGGUUGACUAAUAUUGAAACAUCUAUCGAAGAGAUUAAAAGAGAACAACGAAGGUCACAUCGCCGAUGGAAGGCUUGUUUCGGCACCUUGGGAGCACAUGAUCCUUCACCUCCACAUACACCGGAGAGUUAAGAUAAGAUGGGUGGCUGAUUGCAUAGUUGGUUCUAAAUAUCUAAUUCUGGAUACGCUGUUUUGGAGACUUGGAGGUGCAGUUUUGAAGACGUGGAGCAGAUGUAUAUGCAUAGCUGUUGAUUAUGGAUUUAGUAUUUUGAAUU